CGGUCCCCUCGAACUUCUCUGCUCCCGUCUCUCUUGCAUACCGCAUCCAACCACAAACCACAAACCACAAAACAAACAACGCAUCAACAGUCUCGUCCCAGUGACGACAUUUCAAUCAACCUAAUCAACUAAAACCUAUUCCCAUCUAUCAAGAUGACUGGACGCGGCAAGGGAGGAAAGGGUCUUGGAAAGGGCGGCGCCAAGCGUCACCGCAAGAUUCUUCGUGACAACAUCCAGGGUAUCACAAAGCCCGCUAUCCGCCGUCUGGCGCGUCGUGGUGGUGUCAAGCGUAUCUCGGCCAUGAUCUACGAGGAGACCCGUGGUGUCCUCAAGUCCUUCCUCGAGGGCGUCAUCCGUGACGCCGUCACCUACACCGAGCACGCCAAGCGCAAGACCGUCACCUCCCUUGACGUUGUCUACGCCCUCAAGCGCCAGGGCCGCACCCUGUACGGUUUCGGUGGUUAAACAACCCAAACCCGAUAUCGACUUGUUUCUUGCUCGGGGGUUGUUGUGGUGGUUGUCUCAUUUUCUUUUUGCUGGAGAAGGCGAAGCGUCUCAGUCGACCCGCCUGUCUCACAGUCGCGACGUUAUUCUGGGAAUCUUGGGGAAAUGGUCACUGGCGUUCGGCGAGUACAUAGCACGGCACCAGGGAGUCUGGGAUUCAUGGCUCCCUUGAUUAAACAAACAACUUCAUGAUCAAGCUUGCUGUCGCUAUCUGUGAAUACACACUCACGUUUCGGUGUCCUUCCCACA